AUGUCUACCUCAGAUGCCAAUGUCAACACAACCACGGGCACCCACCCAGUGGACCCUUACAAGGCCCAGAACUUCGAGGACCCUCCUCUGCCUCAGAAGAUCGAGGAAUUGACCAACUUCAUCUCCCAGGUGAAGUUUGGCAUGUUGACCACCAAGCAAUCCGAAGGCGAUUACCUCACAUCUCGCUGCAUGGCGCUCGCUGCCCAGGAACAUGGCGGCAUUGACCUGAUCUUCCACACAAACCUCUUCUCUGGCAAGACCAUGGAUCUUACCGUUCACCCACAAGAAACCAACAUGUCCUUCCUCGACCCCGUCAGCGGCGCUUGGGCUUCUAUCUCAGGCUCCGCCUCGGUCGUCGGUGACCGUGCCACCGUGGAGAAGUACUACUCGCCCACGCUCAAGGCCUGGAUUGGUGACAUGGGUGACGGUGUCCAUGAUGGCGGUCCCUCCGAUCCCCGCAUCGGUGUGAUCAAGCUUGAGGCUAAGCUUGCGACUCACGUCGUUGCCACCAAGGGUCUGCUUGGCCGUGCUGUUGAUACCGUGAAGGGAGCCGUGCAGGGCAGCGUUCCCUCAAUCAAUGGCAUUCGAGAGUUGACUAAGGAGGAGCUCGCUGAGUGGCGCCGGACGCACCAGGAAUAA